GUCAAGAAAAAACAGCUUUCAGUAACUUAAAAUAAGUUUUUUGAAGGCGCGAUCUUUGGUUUCACUGCCGAGCGUUCCUGACGGGCCCAAAUAUACCGGCUUGCAAUCUCCUUUAAAGAGUUGCUCGAAACUGUGGGCAAAAUUUAUUGCCAAGGGAAACGCACAACUAAAAAGCAGGCGGUAUGCUUAGAGCUAGGUCCCCUUUGCUCAAUUGCAGAGUUUCCCCUCCCCACCCAGCCUCCCCCUCCCGCCGGAGUCAUUAGGGGUGCUUUUACGGGCGCGGUUCAGUCGUACUUGACAUUUUCUAUCAAACUGCUCACUUUUUCUGGCUUGAAAUGUGCCAUAACCUAUAUUUUGGCAAAACGUUGUUCAGAAAUGCAAAACUUGUUCGAGGUUGCCAGAACUACAGAAAAUUUAAACACAAGAGGUGCUCUAAAGUUAUGCAGGUUUUCUAGCCCGCCAUGUCUAGUCUGAAAUGUUAUGCGUGUCUUCGCCCCACCCCGAAACCUGCUACGGCCCCUUAGGGGGUGGACGGAAGGGACGACAUUUCAGACUACGACGUAGCGCUUUUUCCUAAGAAUACAAGUAAGGAAUUCAUAAUCGUAUUUCAAAACGAGCGUGAUGAACACAAGAGACUACAGUGGAACCUCGAUUUAACGAAGGGCCAAGGGACUAAAAAAUUUCUGAGCCAACCAACGACGGUUUCCUUAUAAAUUCAUUGAAAACACUUUUCAAUGGUGUACCCAGAGUACUUUUCGAUCCUAGAAAUGCGUUCUAAGCGGCUUGUAAAAUUUGUUCCUGUUCGGUCAUCCUAGGGAAACUUGCAUUGAGUAUUUUGGAAAUUAGAAUACCCUGCUAGCAGAGUCGCUUCGAUCUUUCCUAGAUAAGUCGGGAAAGAGGAAGGCGCCUUUCUCUUUCCCGACUUAUCUAGGAAAGAUCGAAGCGACUCUGCUAGCAGGGUAAAAUUAGAAGGGCUUCAGCAUUAUUUUCCCAAAAAUUUUAGAUGCAAUUUAACGUAUCACAAAAGUGAGAAUUUUUCUGAUUCCUCUCUCAAUCACAUGUUUGAAUCCGAACAUUUUAGGUUCCCUCUUUUCUACGAAAAAUUAGCCUAACCUGGGAUGUAAAAUGUGAAAAAUUAAACUUCAAGAAAUCGUAGGGAAUUUAUAAGAUAACCUUCGAAAAUUGAACAGGAACGGAACGGUCAUCUCGAAAUUUUUAGGCGUCCUCAAGCUAUAGAAAAUUCUAGGCAACAUCUACUUCUCCGAAGAUAUAUUUUACAGAAAACAGUCGUUGAGUGCCCCUGAAAUUUGCUCGCUAUAACGAGGUUUCGUUAUAUCGAAGUUUUUUUUUCAUACCGUAAAUCCUCUAUUAAGCCCCCGCGGGGGGCUUAUUUAUUUCAAGUUCAUUUGAGGGGGAGGGGCUUAAUAGAGACGGGGGGCUUAAUAUAUUUAAUUUAGAAACUACGAUGGUAUCGCUUCUCCAUAAAGAACAAGCAUACAAAGUGGAAAAGCUCAAGUACAGGAAGUUUUAGGUCAUGCAGCCGAGGAUCAUAAUCAAAUGCGAACUUCCAGUUGGCAAAUAAACCAUCCCGGAUCAGUCCACACGAAGUUUUACGGUCGUGAUUGAUUAAUACAGUCUUUCAUUUAUUAGUGAAGAAUAAUUAGGGGUGGGAAGCGGGUGCUUGACAGAAGGGGAGGGGGUGCUUAUUAACUUUCUUCCCCUGAAAAGGGGGACUUAUUAGAGGGAGGGGCUUAUUUGACAGGGGCUUUAAUAUGGAUUUUUACGGUAUAUUUUACUAUUAUCGAGGUAAAGAAAAUCAUUCGUAGGUUCUUUAUAUCGCGGUUCCACUGUAUAAUAAAGGCCUACCCCUAUAUAGUCUUUUGUCGAAAAAAUACUUUUUUAGUGUUAUGUUUACGAUAAGUCAACGAAACUAAGGAUUUUCAUUUUUUUACAUGUUUCGCUUUUAUAGCUACAGAAGGUGCCGCGUGAGUUUCUUUUUCGGAAUGAUAUCUGUCUCCACGGUAUAACCUGGGUCUCAAAGUUUUUUGUCACGCAAUCUCGUUUCGCUAAAGGCAGUAAAGGAUUCGGGUCUGUUGUCAAAUAAUGUGAGGUAGGUCAAAAUGUUUUCCUUUUUUAUAGCUAUAACGAUUUGGUUCAUGAGAAAUGAGAGCAUUUGAAAGAAUAGCGACCGACACUAUUAGCCGUUUUGUACAUAUAUGUACGGCAAAAGUAAACAAAUACGCACGUAAGGGUGUUGUAGUCAAGAAGUUCAUAGCACACUUUCGCACAAUAAAAUUGCUUUUCCUUUUGAAAAUUUACCACUGUGAAAUCUAAAAUCGUUUUUGGUGUUUAAACUGGCGGAAAAGAGGCGAAUUUGCGCCAGAGUUUCUAGUGCUGUCUAAGUUCUCCCUUGUAUUCAUCAUGACAACUGCAAGUUCAGAGGUCGUUAAUCAGGCGAGUACCGUAAAUGUUUUCAGUUGUAAAAGCUCGCAGUUUCAAUUGCCCCAGAAUUUUAUUUCACAGAUUGAUAGGGGAAACAUUGCUCUUUCUCUGGAAUACCAUUUUUCUAAUGAAAGCCAUGUACCAGGAAGGGAUUUUCGCCGUUGAAAAAUGGCAAAAUUGAUGGUCGCGAUAAUGCUGAUUUAGAGGGUAAUUUUGAAAAAAAAUUAAAAAAUCAGAUUGAAAUCUUUUGAAAUUGUAACAACCUUUAGGUAGAAAGGAAGGAUCAAAAAAUUGUUUAAUAUAAGAAAAGUGAUGGUAUUAGUUUCCGUUUCCAUUCACGAAGCGAGGGUAUCAAGCAUAUUUUUCGGUGGUUUGAAGGCCUCUCGAAGGUGAAAAUUAAAAAAAAUUAUUAUUUUGGAAAAUAUUAAGUCAAACGAACUGAGUCUUGUAUUUUCUAAAACAGUUUCCAAAGGGCUUUGUUGUGACAAAGUUUGGGAGAUUUUGAUUUUUCCAUCUUGCACACCUAUCUGUGGUAUUUACAGAAAGUCGCUCUUAAAAUUUAAAAAAUGCUGUCUGCUGUGUUCAGUUCGUCCGGGUAAUGAAUAUAAAAUUGUAUUUUCCUGUACUGGUAAGAGCUACUGUAUUUUAGAUAUACUUAUUUAUUGAAUAUACUAAGAACUUUCUUUAAUAUUUCACUCGGGUUAUAUUUAUUUAAUAAGCCACAAAAGCAUUAAAAAAAACUGGUGAUACCUCGGUCUUGAUAAAAAAAAGAAUGUGGCUCUGAGAAACCCAUCUCCCUGUUCAAACUCGUUUCCGUAAUGAUAAUAAUAGUAAUAAUAAUAAUAUUAGUAGUAGUAGUAGUAGUAGUAGUAGUAGUACUUAUAUUGCGCAAAUUACAUGUGCAAAUGAUCAAAUGCGCGUCAUAUAUAAAAGCAUAUUAACUAACAAAAAACUAUAAAAUUUUAAAACUACGUGAUUAAAAAUUUACAAAAUAUCUUUUGGACCUACUAAAAAUCUAGUUUAAAAAAAAUGUGUUUCAAGCGAUGUUAUAAUAGUAUUAAAAUUUUCUUCAUUACGAAUAUUAACGGACAAGCUGUCCCACAGUUUUGGUGCCCGCAGCCGAGAAGGCGCGGUCACUAAGUGUCGUAUUAAUAACUCUUGGAGCUUGUAGGAGGAGUCCUUUGUUUGACCUCAAGUUGUACCUUCCACUUUCCUUGAUAUUAAUAAGUUCACUAAUAUAACUUGGAGCAUUAGCCCAUAAAUUGCUUUAAAUGUAAUAAACAUAAUUUUAAAUUCUAUCCUAAAUUUAACUGGAACCCAGAGUCAUGAAUAUAAAACUGGAGUGAUGUGUAAAAAUCUAGGUAUAUUAGAAAUUAUUCUUGUUGCAGAGUUCUAAGGCGUCGAAGUUUUGUAAUAUGUAUGGACGGAAGACCAUAUAGAAUACUGUCAAAAUAAUCGAUACGUCCUAUUAUUAGUACAUGAGCCAAUGUUUGUGUUGCUUUGUUACUUAAAUAUUUUCUUAGACGCCUGACAUUGUUAAGAUGGUAAUACGCGCCUUUACAUGUAUUAUUAUGUUAACCUGUAGACUAGUGUCAGUCCAAGUUCCUAAAUCAGAUUUAACCGCGGAAACAAAGGGUACACGAGCAUCCACAUGAACUGUAAGACAGUCAACGUGAACCUUUGCCAACUGCUGUCGCGCACCUAUAACGAUAACUUCUGUCUUACCGUCAUUGAUCUCGAGUUUAUCACACAACACCCACGCUCUGAUUUCACGAACGUAGAGCUCCACUCAGUCAGGCUUAAAGGCUAAGUAUAACCGCGUGUCGUCUGCAUAAGCAUGUACACUUGGCAAGUGUCUUCUGACCACCUAAAUAGUGACGGUCCUAAACAGGAGACUUGUGGAACACCUUGUUUUAAAAGUCAAAUGAAUAAAAAAAUUGACAUAUUUUCUUUUGUCGCUUUACCUUCACCAAACACUAAAAAGAACCAUCCUAAGUGAGAUUUGGGUAAAGAUUUUUCUUCCCAAGCCUUAAUAGAAAGAUAAAAGAUCAAAAUCCGAGCAUUUCCGAAAACUUCACGAAAACGUGUCUGAAAUGGCCGCGUUAUAGACUGGAGAGUACGUGACGUCAAUGUUGGUCUUUCAGGGCGGAAAAACGUUCUGCGCAAGCUUCUGCCAUCCUUUAUCGCCUGCGUUUGUUUGUCUUGUUCUGUGAGAGUUCUGACUGAGACUGAAUGAAAUACACGAGGUGCGAACGUUUGCUCCUUGUAAAGGCUUUUUUGCUUGUUUUUGUUGUUGUUGUUGUUGUUUUUUCGUCACUUGAAAAUUACUUUGGAUUCAGAACAACCAAUGUUAGAGUAAACACAGAUCAUCCGUCAGUCUGAGGAGGAAUAAAACGUUUUGAACAUUUCCAAAGAGGUUUGUAUUUUUCUGAUAAUUGUGCAUUCGAUUUGUGAAUUGAUUUUGUGUCCAGUGCUUCGCCUUCUUUCGCCGGACUGAAUUAAAACCCGUUUUUAUUCUGUCAUUAGUAGUUACGGUUAGUUUUUUUAUAUACCCAGAUUCAUUUACCUUUGCAGAACCAGCUUUAUCCUUGUCUUAUGUCAAAGAAUCGUAAUGCUAACGCUUGCGAGUGAAUAAACUUGAGCGCUUAAAACUUCCUCGGAACUUUAGAAGGCCAGCAAGCUUACUCGAAAGGAAAAUACUACUUCGAUCAUUUUUCUGUUGCUCAGGUAAUAAUAGUCAGAAUUUUUUCCUUUAGUUUUUUCAGUUUUAAUUACAUAGUUUUGCUAUCUGUCUGUACGCAAAUUUUCCUUUCACUCUCUGUGAAGUAGCGGAGAACGACAACUGUCGGCAGUGACUCCAAAACAAUCGACUCUUUGCCCGUAAACAAUUGCUGGAGCUGGAUUUGACUGAAGCGAGCAAAACAAAUCCUUAUGUGCAGUUUUCUGUAUUUUCUAAUGAUUCAGUUUGCUGAGUUUAAUUUGCUUGAAUGAAGACCCUCGCAUGGGCCAGUUAUUAUUAAAAAACGUAGCUAAUCUAGCAAAGUAGUCGGAAUCAGGGCUUGGCUGUGAAGCUUGCAAAUGAUCUUUUGCUUUAAAGAUCUUUAGGUAGGUUGUUUCCGUACAGAAAAUUCGCUUCUUCUUUGUCAGCAGGUAUAAGAGCCUUAAGCCUUAUGUUUUUUUGAUGAAAUUUGUUGUUUUGCAACCUUAUUGAAGCUUUUUUUAGUUCACUUAAGCUGAAUUUCAUGCAUGAUGGAAUUACUCUUUGCUUGUCGCAUCUCUUUGCCAGCUUAAGGUGGCGUCUAUGGUCGUUAAAGUGACCUCAAUCGGUAAUUAAAUCUUAUACAUAAUUGGAAAGAAGUUUUUGCAAUAAUAUAACUUUAACUUUGUUUGAAGGAUAUCUUACUUACGCGUAGGUUUUUAACAGGUGUUAUGCAUGUUCAACUUGACAACACAAAGCAAAAUUGAUCUGCACGAAACGAUCAAGUUUAAAAAACUAUAGUUGCUUUGAAACCGAUCUUGGAGAAGAUUUACUAGAUAAAGAUUAACUCUUUUUCUGCCCACAUAUCAACGUCAAAACUUCUACAUUGACGAUUUUGUUUAUAUUUUAGUGAUCUGCGAAGCUAGAAGUGUCCGAUCGAGCGUGGGUUUUAAAAUAUCACCUCGAGUGCGACAAAGUUCAGUGACAGCAAACACAUUGUGGGCAAACUUGAAUUUCUUUGGGCAGAUAAUAUAUAAUACGUAGAUAGUUUGUUUUUGUGUCCACGGUGGAGCUCCAGACCUUAUAUAUCCAGGAACUUCCUUAUAUGAACACAUUUUGUGAAUGCAUCUUGGAAAAAAUCGGAGUUACGCACGCACAUUUCCAGUACAACUCAAGGAAAUUAGCAAAUGGCGUUAAAGUCCGUUUUACUAUGAUGUACUCUUCGAGAAAAUUAAAUAAUAAGAAGGUUUUAACCACAGGUUGCAACUUUUGAAGACAAAUUGCCUGUUAUUUCCAUGUUUAUGGCCGCACAAACCACUUCUGCGCCAAGUCGACGCGAAAAACUCUGUUUUGAUUUUCCCGCUUUUUUUCACCUGACCAACAUUGACGUCACAAGCUGUUUUUUCCGACAAUUUUUCCAACCGCUCUACGAAGAUAAGGGCCAAAAAACAGCAAUUUUUAAUUACGAAUAUCUCGGAGAUACUUGCUUCAAUUGAGCUGAAACUUCAUAGUAUGUUUAUUUGGUUCAUACAGAAACUCAGUUUGUGGUUCAUAUUAAACACAUUUCACUGGAAUUGAACUAAAAUAAAAAAGGUCGAAAUUUUGGUUCAUUUGACCUUUAACUGGAAAGCGUCGGAACAGUUGCCAUUAAUAUACGUGAAACACGUUGAAGCCGAUUUGAUGAAUAAGACGUUAACCACUCGAGCGCUGUUCCUCUUAUUCCAAAGCUUUUACUGAGACGUGAUAGCAAGAAAGAGUGUUCAACCGUAUUAAAAGCAGCACUGAGAUCGAGUAGAACAAAUUGCUCCACGUGUUGGCAAUUCAUGGCCAGUGCUGUCUCCGUACUAUUACCCUGUCUGUAUGCAGACUGUAGCAUAGGUUAAGGUCGUGAUAGUUCACUGAAUCGUACAAACCAUUUCACUUUGGUGAUAUUCAUCUGCAACUGAAAUUCUAAAGGUAAUUAUUCGAACUCACUUUGUCAUCCCCGAUUACUGUUAGUUUUAAGGAACCCUUUUUCCAGCAGUGGCGUUUGAUUUGCGGUAACUGGUCCUUGUCAAAAACGUGAAUGGGUUUAUUGGAAUUACGUCAUUCUCUUUUGGUUAGAUGGAUUGUUGAAUCUAAACUCCAACGUUUGUUUUGUUUUGUUGUUGUUCUUUAUUCCGACUACGCUUUCUUUGAAGCAAAAACAUCCCUCCUGGUUAGCUCUUUCUUGUUUACUAGGUUAUUGAUUGAUUGAUUGAUUGAUUUUAUGUUUUUCAGUUAUCGAAGGACCAACGUCGUGUCUUAACAGAUUCAUACGUUGCCUCAUCGGCAAAGAAGACAAUCGAACAAAGAUUGCUAGGAUUCCUCAAUUACAAUUCAUAUCACUUGCCCAUGUAUGCCAAACCAGGAAUGGUGUGACAUCGCAAUUCUCUGUGUAAGAAUAGAUUGCGUGACUUGUGAGAUGUGAGAAGGAAUGCAUAGUACAGUGUAUAUAAAGAUGAAGAGAGAGCAUCGUUAUUAAGUUUUUUAGAUUUGCCACGUUUUGUGUAAGAGAAUUUUUAGUGACGUGAAUUAGAAUUUAGUGACCCUGGCAACUGUGUUGCAUUUGAGAUCCUUGACUUUGCAGUGGAACGAACUGAUAAUAUCUAACAAGAAAUAAAUUUUAAAAAAUAGAACCUCAUAAAUACUGAGUUUUAACUGUAAAAAGAUACUUCUGCAUGUGCUAUGAUUUACAUUUGCAAAAACAAAUCCGUGGAUUCACAGUGGACGACUCAGCCAAAAUGCCAUCUCCAAGUUGCCC